AUGAAAAUCCCAGCUGAAAACAACCACUCUGACCCUGUCAGUGAAUUCAUUCUUCUUGGCUUCCCUUGCAUCUGGGAGGUCCAGAUCCUCCUCUUCUCAAUCUUCUUUGUGAUCUAUGUCCUGACAUUAAUGGGAAAUCUGUGUAUCAUCUGUGCAGUGUGGUGGAAUGACCAUCUCCACACUCCCAUGUACAUCCUACUGGCCAAUUUUUCCUUCCUGGAGAUCUGGUAUGUCACUUCUACUGUCCCUAAUAUGCUGGCCAACUUUCUCUCCGAGACCAAUUCCAUCUCCUUCUAUGGCUGCUUCAUCCAGUUCUACUUCUUCUUCUCCAUGGGCACCACUGAGACCUUCUUCUUGUCUGCCAUGGCCUUUGACAGGUACCUUGCUAUCUGCAGGCCCCUGCAUUACCCCGCUGUCAUGACAGUUCAGCGCUGCAUCAGAAUAGGAGCUGGGUGCUGGGUGUGUGGCUUCUCUUGUUUUCUCCUCCCAGUUUACCUCAUCUCCCAGCUUCCUUUUUGUGGUCCCAAUACAAUUGAUCAUUUUUUAUGUGAUCCAGGACCCCUUAUGAAUCUGUCUUGUGUGGCAGCUCCUGCCACUGAGAUCAUCUGUGCCAUCUUUAACUCAGUCCUCAUUUUCUCCACCUUCCUCUUCAUUACCAGCUCCUACACCUUGGUGAUCAGAGCUGUGCUGAGGGUCCCCUCAGCAGAAGGUCAGCAGAAGGCCUUCUCCACGUGUGGCUCCCAUCUGGCUGUGGUGUCCCUGUUCUAUGGCUCCAUCAUGGUGAUGUAUGUGAGUCCAACAGCAGGCAAUCCAGCAGGGAUUCAGAAAAUUGUGACUUUAUUUUAUUCUGUGAUGACUCCACUUUUCAAUCCCUUGAUCUAUAGCCUCCGGAAUAAGGAGAUGAAGCAGGCCCUGAGAAAACUAUUUAGGAUUAUGAGACUUGGUCAAAGGCAGCCUCUCAAGAACUAG